AUGGCCACCAACGGAGACUCGGCGACCAGCCCCGCCCUGGUCGGUACGGAACACAUUGCUGACAUCCUGGAGAAGAUGCAGCAGACUCAGGCUGAGCUUCUCGCAGCCGUCAAGUCGUCCAUUGCGGUGCCAGCUCCGACCACGGCUUCUGCGCCGGCUUCUGCUCUGAGCCCUGCAGCAUUGUCCGCUCCGGUCACAAUCGCCAACCCAGUGUCGGAGCCGCCAGUCGAAGCCGACAAUGCUUUGGCCAACAGCCCGAUACUGUCGUCAAGCCCAAAGUCCACCUUCACCUCGAGGAUCGUCCUGACGACGUACCCUAAACAGAUCGGCGUCAACCCGUUUCUCAUGAACUGGGGCGCCGAAGAUCCUACAGAGCGUGGCCCCAUCGUGGUCUCUCGCGCUCCAUCGACGAUCCGCCGGCGAAACGCUCACGGAGGUUCGUACUCGAUCUACUACGCCCUUGCGGUUGCGAGCCAACAAUUGAAUGCCGAACAUCGUCCCGACUUUACCAACACCGAGCCGGCGGUCAACAUCGGACCAUUCCCUCAAUGGCACGACAAGAAGAAGAUUGUUGCCAUGGAUCCUUGGGGCCACGUACCUCAGACUCUCUUCAAGGAUGUGAUGGAUAACGACAAUGUUGACAUACGCCCUACAAUUGCAAUCACUAAGGCGCACAUGAGACUUCCAGAACUUGAGGAAAGUGUCCGUAAAGGCAGACUUGUUCCUGAUGGGAAGGUGUGCCUCAAUGACAAGGGCGAGUUGGCAGUGACAAAGUUCGCUGUUGAACCAGUCUGGUAUUUACCAGGAGUUGCUGAGAGAUUUGGCAUUGACGAGGGCACUCUUCGCCGGUCCCUUUUCGAACAUACAGGCGGCAGCUAUCCCGAGCUCAUCACUCGCGGCGACAUCAAGAUCUUCCUGCCUCCCAUUGGCGGCCUUACUGUUUACUGUUUUGGCGAUCCUGCGAAAAUGUCAGAUGCGAGCGUCCGGCUAGCACUGAGAAUCCACGAUGAGGUGACUGCCCGCAGUCAUUCAUGCAACGGAAGCGACGUCUUCGGCUCUGACAUCUGCACAUGCCGGCCGUAUCUAAUUUACGGUAUUGAGGAGGCCGUCAAGGAGGCUCAGAACGGAGGCAGCGGUGUUGUGAUCUACUUCAGAAAGGAGGGCCGUGCCCUUGGUGAAGUAACAAAAUACCGUAUGACCGGCUCCAAUCUCUUCGAUAUAUAUGGCGAGCCUUUUAAUGAUGUCGUGUACAACGCGAGAAAGCGAGGCGAAGACCGCGCGUCCGACUACUUCAAGCGGACUGAGAACAUUGCCGGCGUCAAGGACAUGCGCUUCCAGGCUCUGAUGCCGGACAUUCUGCAUUGGCUUGGUAUCACAAAGAUCGACCGGAUGUUGAGCAUGAGCAAGUAG